UUGACAACCAUAUUAACAAUCAAAUACAAAAUGAUUCUGUUACUGAUGCUUCUCGUGGCCUCAUCGGUGCAUGCCGAUAAUUGUUCAUAUAUAUAUGACGGACUGCAUUAUACAAGAUCUUCAAUAUUGACUAUAAAAGGCCUACCAACAAACCUAGCGUACAAUCCAAACAACAAAGAUUUACAUUUCACACUAAUAGAUUUAGAAACAUUACAAAAUGAUGAAGUUCAGACUAAAAUGGAUCAGUACAUCCUAAGAAACGGUGAGCCGAUUAAAAUAGAUAACGUGAAAGGCCAGGCCGCAGCUGUGGACGUCAAAGACAAUAAAGUGUACAUCGCUAGUGACGAUGGCAUUGGUGUUUUAAAUGCAAGUGAUAAAGUACAAUUCGCAAGUCUCAAAGACGAAGAUAUAGUUCAACUGUAUAAACCAUUUAACAGUGAUGAUUUGUACGCUGUUACGUUCCCUGAUAACGAAGUAUACGUUGUGAAUAUUAAAGAGAACGAAAAGAAAAAAGUAGAAUAUGUUCCUUGUGCUUUUAUAAUAGCAGUUGAUGGAGAAGAAAAUAUCUUCUAUGAAUGCGAUUCGAAAUACGUUAAGGUAUUAUUAAACGGUUUCCAAGAAUCAAUAGAGUACGUAGGCAUAGCUAAAAAUUCAGCUAGAGCUAUAGCCGUUGAUGAAAGUAACAGAGUUAUUUUAGCUGCUAACGAUGGUUUGUACUGGCUGAAAACAGAUAAUUUAAUACCUAGAAAACUGAUGAAUUUGGACUUUGUGCCUUCGGGAAUCGCUUUCAAUGGCGACGAAAUAUAUUUAGCAGAAUAA